UAAUGGUAGUGGGAGUUUUGUUUCACCUGCUCGGAAUUUUUUGUUUUUUUCUUUCACUGAAUUUUAAAAUUCAGAAUUUUUUGGUUUCAAAUAAUGGAUAAUAAUCAUCGACAAAAUAUGCUCAAACAGCAGCCACAACAACAACAACAACAACAACAAUCAUUAUCCGUUAAUCAUUUGAUUAAUAAAAUUUGCUGUUCAAUAAUAAAUCGUUUACAAAAAUCAUUACAUUGUGUAUCAUCAUCGAUACAGGAACUGCAUCAAUUAUCCGAUGGUCAUGUAUUAUCGGAAUUGAUUGAAUUAUUUGAAGAUAUUGUCAUUAUUCGUGCUUCGAAUCAUCACGAAUGUUUAUAUGGAAAUGAAUCACAAAAACAACAACAACAACAACAACGUUCGAAACCAUUGCAAAGACAAAAAAAUCAGAAUAAUAUUGAUUAUGUUGAACAAUGGCUACAGAUUGAAGGCAUACGCAUCGAUGCUAAACGUUCGAUACGAGAAUUGUUUGCCGAAAUGGAACGUGGCCAACGUGAAUUGAAUGGUUUUUUCCAGUAUUAUAAUCAAAUGUCACAUGAUUCGUCAACAUCGACAUCGACAUCGGAAUUUGAAUUAUUGAUCAGAAAUCAGCAGAACACAAUUUAUGAAAGAUCAAUAGCAUAUAUAGCCACACUUUGUUAUGCAAUAAUAACAAUAUUCAUCAGAUAUGAUCACAUAUUUCGUACAUUUAUUGCUGAUUAUAAUUUCAAAGUUUAUGAUGAUGAAUUGUUGCAUAUUUUAUUCUAUACAAAAUGGAAAUUAACUGAAGAAGAAUUGUUAUUGAAAGAUUUGGAAUAUAUGCAUCUAAAAGAUCAUUGUGAUUUAUUGGAAUUGCAGCUAAGACAAAUGAAAAUCCAGCAACAACAACAACAACAACAGCAGCAGCAGCAGCAGCUGAGAAUAAUGUCUGAAAUUCCGGAAACAAUAAAUCAAAAUGAAAACAUGAAAAUGAUGAGUUCUGCAGAAAUAAGGGGCGAUAAUUCGAAUCAAAGUUCAUUAUUGACAAUAUCAUCAUUGAAUGAAUUAGAUUUGGUUGAUUCAUCAACAAUGACCACAAUUUAUGGUCAUUUGGAUCGAUCAAUAAAAAUUGAUUUCAAUGAAAAUUUAAAUCACAAUGAUGAUGCAGAACAAAUGAAAAAAAUUUCAAUAAAUUCAAAUCAAAAACCACAACAGCAUCAACGACAAACUGAUCAUCGAAAUUCAUUGCCGUCUGGUUCAUUGUGGAAUAAUGUUGAAACAGAAAGAAAUUUUGAUUUUCAACAAAAUUCUUAUGUUCGACCAUUUUCGAUUAUUGAUAGAAAUUCAUUCGAUUUUGAUACGAGUAAAAUCAAUGUUGAUCGUGCAUUAAAAUAUGGUCAAAAUCAUCUGAAUCAAUCGAAUAAUGGCUUGUCAUCAAUGCAAAUUGAUGGAAACCAGAUCCUCAAUGAACAACCAAAACUGAAUGAUAAAAGCAAUAUAAAUCGAGUUAUUACUGAACCAAUCAAUAUGGAUAUGAAUGAAACUGAUCUAGUUAAAUAUUUGGCUAAAAUUCCAAGUGCCGAUCCAAAUUGUCCAUCAAUAGCUAAAACAAUCAAAUAUGACUAUGAUGAUGUUGAUAAUAAUGGACCGAUAUCCAAUAACGACGACAUCAACAACAACAACAACAAAUCAAACAAAAAAAAUCCAUCAAUCAAUACACGAUUACGAUACAUACAGAACAUUGGUGAUGAAGAUGAACGGAACAGAAUAUUGAUUGCACGAUUAUUGGCUGAAUUAUCGUAUGAAAAAAAUAAGAAUAAAAUGGCCUUGAAAUCCACUAUGGAUACUGUAGAUGAUGAUGAUGAUGAUGAUGAUCAAAACAACAACAAUCAAUGGUUUACGGAAUAAGAAUUUAAUCGAAACAAAUGUUGAAUACAUUUGAAUUAUUUAUAUUGUGAAAAAAAUGAUUAUUGAUUAAAUUAUUUAUUCUGUUAAAUAAUAUUCUUCUGUGUUUUGUGAUAAACAGACAAUCAAUAUAUAUGCACAUAUAAUCCUUUUUUAAAGAAUCGUGACUAUGAGAAUAAAAAAAAACGAAGUAUAAUCAUCAUUAUAAAUAAUCAAUAGAAUGAAUGGCCAGAAUUUUCAAUGUUAAAAGUUCUUCGACAUGAAAAUGGAUAAAUUCUUGUUCAACAACAACAACAACAACAACAACAACAACAGCUAGAAACGGAAACUUCAUUGAUUAAAUUCUAUAUUCUAUAUUCUUGAUCUGAAUUUUUUUUGUUGUUGUUGUAUUCAUUCAUUCACCUAUAUUCAUUGUGACAAGACAAAAAAGAUAAGAAUAAAAUUCUGUAGAUUCUUUUCUUAUCAUAUGAAAAUAUGAAACAUCUUAUAAUUCGUUGUAAUAAAAAUAAUU